CUAGGCCGUAAACCCUAGGCUAACUGCCCACUUGGGCCUAGUAGGACGGAAACCUUGCAAGUCGUGAGAGCUUAUUGCCGUGACAGUAAUGAAGUCACUUCGUCCCAGCCAGUGGGGAGACCAUUUAGACAGCCAACUUGACCUUAAGGUCAAUCUACGGGUACAAAAUGUCCCCCAUGCCUUCAUGCUACUCCAAUGCAUCCAAAUACAGUACUGUACUAGUACAGUGUACCUAUGGACACACAAUAUUAAGCAAACGCGUGCGCGCACAGAUAAACACACCCGAAAACAAUACUUCCGCACCGGAGGUAAUGAGACCAGUCGGACCGGUGUCCCUACCAUAACAAUACCGCCGCCUGUUGCGUGUGACCUGCAUACGUACAAUUUUAAUCAUCGGCCCAGUGGCACAAGGACGAAGCGACACAAUUUACGGGUCGCGAUCGCAAGAUACUUUGAAACGAUGUCUCGUUUGAAUAUUAGUAGCCUUCUCCAGAGGCACCAGCCUAAGGCGCUCUCAGCCCAGCAGGAUCUGCAGGACUUGGCUGACGUCCUAUGUCUGGCAGCCAAACACGGUGAUCUCACGGGCGUCAUGAACGCGGUGGAGAGCGGAGCUUCUGCCAACCUGGCCAACAGGGCGGGAGUCCUGCCGAUCUGGGCGGCGGUGGACAGCGACCGUGCCUGCAUCAGCGUCAUCAGAUACCUCCUGUCUAGGGGGGCGGACGUACGGACCAGGAAUAAGAAGGGGGAGACGCUGCUGCGUGUAGCGGGUUUGAGGGGCCGACUGGACAUCGUGAAGGUCCUGACUGACGCCGGGGCGGGACGCAUGGAGCAGUCGACACAGAAUGGAAGCGAGGGCGAAAGGUCAAACUAUGACGUCAUGUACACUGUGGUGCGAGACCUGGAUGGCCCUUGUCAGAAAAAGGACCCGAUGAGACAGCUGCAGUGUUAAUGACCUGAUGUUGUAUAUAAGAUUGCUUGUACAAAUGUAUCUUGCUGGUUGUUGUUGCAAUAAUCUACAAAGGGGAAAAUUUGACAUGAUAUUAUAGUUACUACUUAAACUGGGAAUGGAUUGAGUGUACAUAGAAUGAUUGAAUGGUUUCAUACUAACGCAGUAUCUCUGCUUUGGGGGCAUUUUACCUAUCGAUAUUCCAGCCACUUGAACCCUGUAAGCUGUACGUGUUGGUGCAAAAUCUCUCUUGGAAUAAACACAUGCACAUUGCAUUGUAAUGCUGUUUCUUUUAUUUUUCUUUUACCACGUGUACUAGCGCUCCGAGCGGUCCUUAAGGGAACUGCAGAAGGCCCCUGAAUAUAAACAUUCGGAAACAGACACACUCAUGCACACAAAACCCGUCAUUUUUUCAUGAGGGUAACAAUGAAAGUUGCUGAUUUUAUAAACAAAUUUUUAAAGUAUCUUCAUCCUAAC